AUGCCCUUUGGGAAGAAUGCGGACGACAGAUAUAAUGAUAAUACAGCUAUAAAGAUCGGGGCUGUGGUGAAACGAGCGGCACCAAAAGGACCUUUGGCAGAGAAAUGGCUGGCGACGAUGACAGUUGAAACGGGUACGGAGGAGAUCUAUAUGCACAUUUUUGUGACCUCUGGCGGAGGAGGGGUUUGUGGAGGAGUCAAAAAGGGGGAGACAACAACGCACGAAAAAGGGAUUGUCGGUUCUGAAGGGGUCGCUAGGAGGGAGGGGAGGAGAAGAACGACUGGACUGUCGACAGUCGACGUUGAGGAUGGCGACGGAGGAGAAGGAGAAGGAGGAGAGACGAAGGGAGAGAUGAGGAGAGGAAGAGCAGAAGCAGAUAAGGAGAGACAAAGAGUGAGAUGGAGGAUGAAGCCCACGAAGCGGGAAGGGGGGAACCCGGCCCUGUUCCAUACCGUACAGAGUGCAUACAUAGUACAUGCAUACAUACAUACAUACGCAGUACGGGGUCCGACAACUUGGCUGCAAGCCACAUGGGGUACAGUAACCCCAUACCGCGUACACGCCCAAUACACAUCGUACACGUCCACUGCCCUCUGGCGCCGCCCGCCGCACGCCGCCCGUCCCCACGCCCAGGCCCACUUGGCUCGCUUGGCCCACGCUGGCCCACGCCGGCUAGCCGCAACGGGGCCUAGGGCUUAG